AUGAAGAGCAAAUAUACAACAGCUCCUAAGCAUAAUAAGGGGUACAUAUAUAGGGAAAGCAUACCUGAACAGUUUUUAUUUUUUUUUCUUAUUUUUUACCUAUUAAUUGUACUGUACGUGCUAAGGAAUACACCCUAUAAGAAUAUAAUCCUUCUGUACAUUGUGCCGUGCGUGUUGCUCUUUAAAGUUUCCUUUAUAUGUCUGCCCAGGUUUAUACACUUUUUGCAUGAGAAGGGAUUAUAUGGUAUAGAUUUGAACAAAAUAAGCAAAGACAAAGUAGCACAACCAAUUGGCCUAUUUCCAUCAAUUUUGUAUUUAAUUUUUACACUUUUCUAUCAGUUGUUAUACUACGAUGACCAUAAAAUUCUGCUAGAGUAUAACGCCGGAUUGUUGUCCAUAAUUUUUAUUACCUUUUUGGGCUUCAUAGAUGACAUUCUCGAAUUGAAGUGGAGAUACAAAGUGGUUCUCCCAUUUUUCGCUAGCUUACCCCUGUUACUGUCUUACUCCGGAAAUACGAACAUUCGCAUUCCCAGUUUUUUAAAUUUCAUAUUUAAGGAAAGGAUUAUAGACAUUGGAUUUUUCUACUAUUUGUACAUAAUCCUGUUGUGUGUUUUUUGUACCAAUGCGAUAAAUAUAUAUGCAGGAAUCAACGGAUUGGAGAUAGGCCAGAGCUUAAUUAUUGCCUUUUUCAUUUCGAUCCACAAUUUGAUAGAAAUCAUCCUAAACAUAGGAACUGGACAAAGCAAAGGAAUCACCGAGGGAGCACAAAUCCUUAAGCAACAUUUCUUGUCAAUUAUAUUUAUACUACCAUUUGUAUCCAUAAACCUGGUUACCUUUUCUUUUAAUUUUUAUCCAUCCAAAGGAUUUGUAGGCAACACAUUAACCUAUUUUUGUGGCAUUUUUUUAGCAGUUCUUUCGAUAUUUGGUCAUUUCUCCAAAACGUUGAUAUUAUUUUUAAUUCCACAAUUUUUGAACUUUUUUCUUUCCCUGCCACAAUUACUUAACUUUGUCCCAUGCCCAAGACACAGAUUACCAGUUGUGAAUCCCAAGACGAAUAAAUUAACAUAUUCUCACAAUUAUACUCUCAUAAAUUUCAUUUUGUAUUUAUUUGGGCCUCUCUCCGAGUUUCACUUAGUGGUAUUAUUACUAGCCUUUCAGUUUGGGACAUGUUCCCUUGGUUUGUUUCUGCGCUACUUUAUCGACACCACGUAG